GCCUCCAAAAUGAUGAGCAAUAAAUUUCUGUUGUUCAUAACCUUCCCAUUCUAUGGUGUUCUCUUAAAGCUAUCUGGACAGACUGAGACAAGACCUCAACCAAGAAAGGAGGGACUAGAAGAAGCUGAUGGCUAUACCACUGAUGACAUUGAGUUUUACUGGAAUGGAGGAGAGGGAGCGGUAACUGGAGUUAAUAAAAUUGAGCUUCCUCAGUUUUCAAUUGUCGACUACAAGAUGGUCUCCAAGAAAGUGGAGUUCACAACUGGGGCAUAUCCACGACUGUCACUAAGUUUUCGUCUAAAGAGAAAUAUUGGCUACUUCAUUUUGCAAACCUACAUGCCUUCCACAUUGAUUACAAUUCUGUCCUGGGUGUCUUUUUGGAUCAACUAUGAUGCAUCUGCAGCCAGAGUUGCACUAGGAAUCACCACCGUGCUGACAAUGACAACCAUCAGCACUCACCUCAGGGAGACUUUGCCGAAGAUCCCUUAUGUCAAAGCGAUUGAUAUUUACCUGAUGGGUUGCUUUGUGUUUGUGUUCCUGGCUCUCCUGGAAUAUGCCUUUGUAAAUUACAUCUUCUUUGGAAAAGGCCCUCAGAAAAAGGGAGCUAGCAAACAAGACCAGAGUGCCAAUGAGAAGAACAAACUGGAGAUGAAUAAAGUUCAGGUGGACGUCCACGGCAACAUCCUCCUCAGCACCCUGGAGAUCAAGAACGAGACGAGCGGCUCGGAAGUGCUCACGGGCGUGAGCGAGCCCAAGGCCAGCAGCAUGUACUCGUACGACAGCGCCAGCAUCCAGUACCGCAAGCCCCUGAGCAGCCGCGGGGAGGCGUACGGGCGCGCGCUCGAGCGGCACGGCGCGCACAGCAAGGGGCGCAUCCGCAGGCGCGCCUCGCAGCUCAAAGUCAAGAUCCCCGACUUGACUGAUGUGAACUCCAUAGACAAGUGGUCCCGAAUGUUCUUCCCCAUCACCUUUUCUCUUUUUAACGUCGUUUAUUGGCUUUACUAUGUACACUAAGGUCUGUCCUAAGGGUUCGUAAACGAC